CCAUGGCCGACCUGUUCGAUGGGAUCGUGAUGGCGGAGCAGAGGUUCCACGGGGAGGGCUACCAGGAGGGGCUUGCAGAGGGCAGCCACACCGGGAUGGCUGAGGGCAGGAAGUGUGGAGCACUCCACGGAGCCAGGAUCGGCUCAGAGAUCGGUUGCUACCUUGGGUUUGCACUGACAUGGCACUGUCUGCUCCAGAAAUGCACAGAUGAAAAGAACAGCAAAAAGAUAAAGGCUCUGGAUUCACUAAUAGGGAUGAUUCAGAAAUUCCCGUAUGAAGACCCCACUUACGAUAAGCUGCAAGAAGAUCUGGAAAGAAUCAGAGGAAAAUUUAAACAGAUUGUUAUAAUAACGUGACAAAUAAAGCAUCUCUGCUGGCACAUGAACCCACUCAUCUGGAUUUGGCCUUUUUCAGCACAUGCCAUAUUUUACAGAAAUUUGCAGUACACACUGCCAUGCAGUGUAACACAAAAUAAAACCAACAAGCACUAAACUCAGUAAUGAUGUUUGGUUCAGAGACACAGAGAUGCCACGAACAGAAGUGUUUUAUGAGGUAAGCAGUAAGAAAUGUUCCUGAAAUUUGGACAGAAUGUAUCCAGUCCUCCUGGGUCCUGCGUCUGCUAGUAGCAUUGCAAUGCUUAUUUAUGCACUAUGUAGGAUCUUAACUGCAUUUGCCUCAAAAUGAGUUCUAAUUCUGUUUUGGUUUAGCAGCAUACAGGCAACAGCUAGAUUAUUCUUCAGCAUACAACUCUGUUAGCUGGCUUAUUUAUGAGAUUUACAGGCUUUUUUUAAAUUAGCAUUAUGCUAUAAUUAAAAAAAAACCAAAACAAACAAAAAAACCCUAGUAUAUCAUAACAGAUUAAACACACAAAAUACUUAGAGUUCCAGAAGAUAACCUAUCAUACCAAAUGAUGUGUCCCAGCAGAGGGAGAACCACAUCAGGUGGCACACAAGAGUUAUAUUAUAAUGCACCUUUCAUAUAUCAAUGUGGCUAAUAACACAGCUUAAAACUACUAUGAUAAUAAACCCCAGAUCAGACAAAGAAUCCAGCUUUAUAAAAUGCAUUUAAAAAAACCAAAAACCCAAACAAACAAAAACAAAAAACCCACCCCCCCAAAAAGAAAAACAACAAACCAAAACAAAAAAAAACAAAACAAAAACAAAACAAAAAAAACCCCAACCAACCCUUGACAUUACUUGAUCUUCUGAAAUGUCUGCUGGUUUUUAAAUUAAUGCAGAGACCCAUUCAGAGCAACGUUCGAUGCAUUUCCAUUUGCAGUAGAACUAUGAGGCACUGUAAGAACAUCAAAACCUGGUCUAGACACGGGUAACUGAAGUAUGAGGUAUUGUGAAACAGGAGCCUUUUUUGGAAUAGAGCAGUAAUCACAUUAAGUAAAAAUUGAUCACAUAAAAAAAUCUACAAAAAAAUUGAUGUCAAUAAUAUAAUUUUCUAUGAGAAAAUUAAAACCUAUUACAUGGCAGUAUAUGACAUUGUAUAACAAAAAAAAAAAACUGAUCCACAAAAUAGCAGCAAAACACAAUGACAAAGAUACAGAAAAGCAAUGUUAAUUUUUUUUCAAACCAUGCUGGGAAUUUAUCCAUAGCAGCUCAAUAAAAAUGGAGCAUCCACUCCUUUUCUUUUGUCUUUUUCUCUUUUUUUUAUCUUUUGAAUUUUUUAUAUUUUUUCCUUUUUUUGUUCUUUUUUUUGUUGUUGGUUUUUUUUUUUUUUUUUUUACAAUCAACACCUCAGCGGCAGUUUUCUCACAUACAUUUCACCAUCACAUUCUCCUCGAGCAUCAACUUCAACAGCUAUGUCCACGUCCCUUCAGCUACUUUCUAAAAUAAUAAUAAAAAGAUACAUAGCCAAGAUGUGCAAAUUUUCUAUUUGUAGCUAAAUAAAAAAAAAAAGGGGGGCAUAUACUGGAAUAAAAACUUCUUUCAAGUACUCCAAUUUUCAUAUCUAUUAACUAUGGCGUUUUUUCAUGGGCAGACUGCUUUUGAAAAUGUCUAGGAAGGGGCCAAAUAGACUGCUUGGUUUUGGGUUUGUUCUUUGAAGCGUGUCCUUUUUUUGCUUUAAUAAGCUGGUUAAAACUGCAACAUCAAGGGUAGAAAGAUUUUCUUUUUCAAAAGGGGCGAUUGCAUUAAUUUACAAAUCAUACUGGCCUUACGAACAUCCUCUGCAAUAAAUAUUCUUUUUAGCCUUAACUAUAAAUUAUAUAUUUUAGUGUUUAAAAACCUUCAGUUGUAAAAACAUCUAGCGAUAAUCCUUAAAACUAUGUGUCCUAUAUGUGAACCUUUAAGGCCCCUAAUUUAUAAAGAUGAGUUGGCACCAAAGGAUUCUAAACUUCAAACUUUUCUAUAGAAAAGGAAAGGAAGAUAUCCUGGCAAUUUGUGAAUGCAAUUUUCUCUCACUGGAACACAACCUUCGGAAAAAAAGAAUCACCUCUCCUCUAACACCAUAGUUAAAUGCACUUGCUUUGCAAUUCCAAGUUUGCCAACAAGCACUUUAUAUAUUUCCAAACCAUUCCAUUAAAAAACAAACAAACAAACAAAAAAAAAAUCCCACACAAUAAAAGAAUGUAUUUCCUAUAUCUAAUGGACUGAAAGUGCUUUGAAUGGAAUGGUUUUAGAAUAUUACAAACAAACAAAAAAAAAAAAACAAAAAAAAAAAGAAAGACUGAACUGUGGAUUGAACCUGACCAUAAUUAGGCUGAGUAUCUGUGGGGUCAGACCAGCAUUUUUACACAGGUAACUACAAAAAUAGGAAGAUUACAAAAAUAUAAUAUAUUAUGUCACUAUUUUGAUUUCUCUUUAUAAUAGGAUCCUGUAUGAGUAGUACAUUGGCCUUUCCCAACCAUGCUAAGCUGGAACCGUACAAAUGCCUCAAUGCACAGGCAAUCCACAGGCACAAAAAAAAAAAAAAAAAAAAAAAAAAAAAAAGAUUAACAUAUAAUAAUGCUGCAUACUAACAUACACUAACUUAUGGGUUACGUUAACCAUUUAUAAGGUGAAGAGGAUAAAAAAACCUAAGGAAAUAAAAUAAACAUUUACAGAUGAAUUAUAAAGUGACUAAAUGCAUAAGCAAGCAAGAUACAGAAAAGCCUAGAACUGCGUUAAAGCUAUGCUUUUUAAAGAAAAAGAAUAUUUCAUUUACUAUCUAAAAAAAAAAAACCCUCUUCUACUUUAAAAAUGGUUGGUUGGUUUGUUUUAUAUGUAGGAAAUCAAAUCUAAUACCUCCCCUGGAGACAUUUCGUGUGUUAAUGCCUAUUUUUACAACAUACAGACAAGAACACUUUAAUAUAAAAACUAGUUGAUUAUUAUUGUAUAAAAUCCUCUAUUUUUGUAGCACAAACCCCUGGGGGUAAUGCAAAUACUAUUUUUUUCUUUUUUUAAGACAGUUUUUGGGGUAUUUUUUGUUUAUUUGUUUGUUUGAAGUCACAGAUGGAAGGGAGACAGAGCAAGAAAAAAUAUCAUGAGACUGGUUUUCCCUUCUGGUAUAAAAAUGUCCUGGAGAAAAGGGUUUCUGGGGGGGAGAUCCUGAUGCCGAUUCCUUCUCAGAUGCCCUUUCUUUGUCUGCUUUUCUUGCCAAGCAAAUCCAUUUAG